CUUGCUAGUAAUAAGCCAACUCGUUACCCCAAUGCCCGAUCUGAACAUCUCUCUCGCUUUCGCGCUUGCAUAAUCUUUUGAAAAUAGCUUUUAAUCACACACAUUUAGGGCUCCGAGACAUGGAAUCGGAUCUUCCAUUGAUGGAACUGACUGAAGAAGACGAUUCUCUUAUCCAACCGUUUCCAGAUCCCAAGCAAACACCUUCGAAAUCAUCAUUCAAUUACUUUAAUUGCUCGCCUCUCGCACUUCCACCUUCACGCACCAAAAGUCUGAAAGAUGGUGUUCAUACAGAGAAACCUAGCACUUCAUCUUCUGAAGCUAGCAACAAUAAAGAGAAUAUAAACUCAAACAAUUUAGAAAUGCCAAAAUUAGGUAUGGGACCUAUCCAAAUGAAGAGGAGAAAGAAGGGAGCAGAAUGCAAUUUGCGGAAAAGCUUAGCAUGGGAUAGAGCUUUCUUUACUGAUGAAGGCAUUCUUGAUCCUCGUGAAUUGAACAUGAUUACUGGUAUCAAUGCUUACACAUGUGGAAGGGGAUUGCCUACUAUAAGUGAAGAGGGAAAUAGCUCAUUUCCUUCAGGUAGCAGAUGUAGAAAUGAACCCAAUCAUAUGGAGACCUCUAAAGAAGCUCUACUUAAAGAGUUACAUAACAAGAGUCGCACAUCAAAGGGAAACAAAGUGGGAAAUCAUGAUUCUUUACCUCAUCAUAAAAUUACACACAAAGUUCUCUUAACUGAUCAUUCAAAUUCAAAUAGAACAAGGCCAAAUUCAAACAUUUUGAGAACAACAAAAAAGGAAUCCAAGCUUCCUAAACUACCCAUGUCAAAACUCGGAUCUUGCUCUUCUACAAAGGGUUCUAUAACAACAAGCCAAUUGAGGCAUAAUCUGAUUCCUAAACCACCUAUAAAUGCUCAGAAGAAUGUUGGGUUGAAAAGCUCCUUAAAAGACUUUAAAGCAAAAACAGGAUUAGACAACUCCCAUUCUAAAGAGCUAGCUCAAAAGACUGUAAAUUUUUUGACACACUCAUCUUCUAAAGCAACUUCUUCAACCAAAUCGCAGUUUGUACAUGUUGACAAAGCUAAUAGUGGGUUAGAAAUGGUUCCAGAUAGAUUGCAUUCAGGUGAAAUUCAUGACGAAUCUACCCCUCUUCCAGCUAAAACUCUACCUCAAUAUACUCCAACAACUUCAGUAAAGAACAACUCAUUGCCUUCAGGAUUAAGAUUGCCUUCACCUUCACUCCGAUUCUUUGAUCAGACAACAGCUACACCAAAAACACUGAGUGGACAAUGUUCUGUAUUAAAUUCUCAUACUACCCCUUGUGGUAGUCCAUCAUCCAAUUACAUGGUGAACAAAGGGGUUUUAAAUUCAAAUGUAUAUCAAGAUAUAGUGAGAAAAAUGCAAUACGAGUGUAUUAGUGCUUCUGAUGUUGACUCACAUAAGGUCAUUGAGCAAGAGAAAAGAAUCCUUGAACACAAGGGCAAAAUGGGAAUUGAGCAGAUUGCAUUGAAGGGUAAUGAGGAGAAUAGAGAAGGCAUGAAUGCCAGCAUUCAAUUGUCUGAAAAUGAUGAAAGAGUUCCUUUUAUUCUUGAAACAAAAGAUGAUCAUAUCUCCACUUCAGUGUCUACAUCUGAACAAUCCAUUCAGCAUCAAGAACAUAAUCUUUUGACUAUGGUUGAAGUGGGCCCAUGUGAAAUUGCAACUGAGAUUAAUGAUCAUCUUUUGGUAGAAGAAAGUGGCUCAACUUAUUCAAGUACUUAUCCACAGAGUUUGGAUAUAAUACCAGUAACAAUUGAAGAUGAAUUUAAAAACAAUAAUGAAAAUCAGAAGCAUCAAGAAAUGGGGAUAAUUAUUGAGAGCAUGUUAACAACUACAGAUAGGGUACAAGCUGAGGUGUCAAAGAUAAGCUUUGGGGAAGAAUUUGAAACUGAAGUGAAAGUGCUUCAAGAAACAAAAAGUCCAACAAUGUUGAAGAAGAGGUUAAAUAACAUCAAGAGGAAAGAUAACUCUUCAAUCAAGCAUCCAACAAAUGCUAUUGAAGCUGUUGAUGAGGAUCUUGUUGAAACAUCAAAAAGGGAACAAUCUGAUACCAAAAAAUCUAAUUCUUGUAAGGUUAAUCAUGUGGAGUCCCAGAGGGGUGAAAUUGGAAAAAAAGAAGAUGAUGUUGGAGCCACAACUCCUUGCAUUUCUGCUUUGAUGAAUUCUCAGUUCCAUGAAGGGCAUUAUGGUAAUUUCGUUAUGCCUGAAGAAAGCUCAGGUUUACACACAACUGAGGUUAAUGAUCAUAUUUCUCAAGAAAAAACUGUGAAUCCAAAUGUUCUUCAAGAAGAAAAUAACAAAGAAGCAACAGUGUUGAUGAAGAAGUCAAAUAGCAUCAAGAAGCAAGAUAAAAAAGAUGAUGCUGCUAAAGUAGUUGAUGAAAGUUCUUUACCUAUGGAAGAUGAUGCUAGAUGUAAUACUGAUACUAGCUCAAACUAUUCAAGUGAUAUGCUUAUGAAAGUAGAAAUUUUGGAAAAAGAAAAUGAAAUGCAUCACAAAAUAGGGAUAAAUAUUGGGAAUAUAAAACAAGGUAUUAUUAUUCAUGGAUGUGACUUAGAGAACUCAAAGAUAAGCUUUGGGGAAGAAGUUGAAGAAGCUCAAGUUCACCAUGAAUUGGAUAAUGGGAGCAACCUUAAAAAGAACAAAGAUGCAACAAUAUUGAUGAAGAGGUCAAAUAACAACAAGAAGCAAGAUAAGUCUUUGGUCAUACAUCAAGAGGAUCUUAUUCAAACAUCAAAAAGGGAACAAUCUGAUGCCAAACAAUCUAAUUCUUGUAAGGUUAAUUCUCAGUUCCAUGAAGGGCACUCUGGUAAUUUCAUUGUGCCUGAAGAAAGCUCAGGUCUACACACAACUGAGGUUAAUGAUCAUAUUUCUCUAGAAAAAAAUGCGAAUCCAAAUGCUCUUCAAGAAGAAAAUAACAAAGAAGCAACAGUGUUGAUGAAGAAGUCAAAUAACAUCAAGAGGCAAGAUAAUAAGUCUUUAGUUGUAGAUGCUGUACCCUUCUCUGAUGAAUGGUUAGCAGCUAUUGAAGCUGCUGGAGAGGAAAUCCUUACCAUGAAGUGUGGGGCUGUACAGCAUUCGCCUCCAGAUAAAUCUAUUCCUGAACGAAAUCCAUGGUCUCCGGUGAAAAAUAAAGCUAAUCAGAUUGGGCCUUACGACUGCACAAAGUACACAAAUGCAAUGCCCUCAAAUCCUCAUUUAUUGGAUUCAUAGUUUGUUUUGAGUUUGAUGCAUUUUUUUUAAUAAUAAAUUUUUAAUCUAUCUUUCCUUUCCUCGUAGAAAUGCAUCAGUAAAUACUUUCUUUCCC